UCAAUACUUACACAUGUAUACGGUAUAUGAGUAGAAGAACAUCUUGUGAUAUUUGUCGCAUUUAAAAUCAGUGUUAACGUGCUGUUAUAGUUGAUAUGUGCAGUAAAGCUGGAUGAAUGGAAAUGUUAAUUGGUGCUGUUGCUUUAGCUGUUCAACAGAGCAGCAGAAUGAAUGUAUUGACAUCAGUCAGAAAAGCUCACAUUCCUUUAAGAGGUUAUAUUUUCACUAAUAACUCACCACCAGUGUUGAAUGGAAUGCACUCUUUUGCAGUAGGGGAUAUAACUGAGCUAACAGCUGCUCUGUUGUAAAGCAACAGUAACAUUUCCAUUUGACUUAUUUACUGUAUUUUUAAUACAAAGGUCAACACUCAUUUGACUAUUAUCAUUGUUGGAGGAAGUAUUGGGACCUUUUAUUUCAGUCUAAGCAGCAAAACCACAGUAUAAAAAAUAUUCCUUUGCAAGUAAUAAUCAUGUAUUCAAAAUUAGUCAAUUAAGUAAAUUAAGAAGUAUUGGUUGCAAAAAAAAGUAUAAAAAGUAAAAGUACUAAUGCCAAAUUGCCCAAGUCAGUGUUAUAAUUAUUAAAUGUACUGUAUACAGAUAUACAUACAGUGUGUAAAAAGUAUGAACCCCCUAUUUGAAUUUUUCAUGUUUUACUGUUUGACAACAUGGACUCAAAAAAACAUUUAAUAUGCUUUGUUUUGGACAAUGAUCAACGGGAAAAGAUCCUUAUACAGUAUGUCAAAGUGAAAACAGUCAAAAUACCAUGUUUUACUCGUAAAAUCUAAAAUAAAGUAGCAACUGUAGCUGUGAAAUAAAUGCAGAAGAAGAAAUACUACAUUAAUCAGCGAAAUGUAGCGGAGUGGGAAUUGAAAGUAGCGUAAAAUGAAGAAGUACCUCAAAACUGUCAGUUUAUUUCUGUGCUGUUUUUUAUUGGAAAAUGACAUUUUCAUGACUAUAGCAGCAGUCAAUAACCAUCAUCUUACCGUUGCUGCAUUCUGAUUCGUCCAUCCAGCUGAUCAUCAACUGUGACGUUCAAUCAUUUCAUUCACCUUCUGUUUCAUGUAGUUCUCCUUAAACUUCAUUGACCCACAGUGUAUCAACCAACCAUCAUUCAAAUCCACUGUGGUUCAUUUUUACGUCUGAUGGACAUCCCAUAAUUAUUCAAAGGUUUGGUCAUGACAUAACCAUCUGACAUCCCUCCAAAUCUUCACUGUUCGAAAUGGAGAGAAACUCAAGAAGUUUCAGUGCAGCGGCUUUCUUCAUGGAUCAUCAUCAUACCUCUGGCCAGCACAGUCAACCCGGCCACGCCUCAACCUUUCAGUGGCUUUCUUUUGCCUACCAGGGCCUGACAGAAAUCCCUUAUGGAACCAUUCUAACACAAACGGAUACCCUGGAGGUGCUGGAUCUGAGUUAUAAUUUGCUGAAUGAUCUUUAUUGGAACCCGGCUCUGCUGGAUCAGCUGGAGAGACUCAGCACUCUGAUCCUGGACUGCAACAACUACACGUCCCACGUCAAGUUCCCCUACAUGCCCAGCGUCACCACGGUGUGCAUCAACAAGAACAAGAUAAAUAACCUGCCCGUCUUUGUGGAAGAAAUCCGACGAAAGUUCCCCAACAUAAAGAUCCUUAGUAUGAUGAACAAUGAGGCAGCACCAAGCUAUUUCAAUGGAGGAAGUCUGACUCAGUACAAAGACUACAGACAGUAUGUCAUCAGUCAGUUACCAGGACUGGAGAUUCUGGAUGACACCGAGGUUCCGGACAAGGAGAGAGUCCAGGCUAGAAAAACCUACAGGUUGCAGCAGAGCACUCAUGGCAGCAGGAAGAGGAAGGAGGAUUCAUCCAAGAAACACACACACAUGCAGAAGAAGUCAAGUACUAUCAUAAGACAAUAGUAUGCACAAAGUUUUUAAACCCGUCCCUUAUGAUCACCUUUUUAGUAAUAUAUUUAAUUAUAUAAUAUAUAAAAUAUAUCAUUGUAUAUUCUGUUUCUGCUUGUUCCAGCAUUUAACUGACAUGAAAUAUUGAAAUCUAAACACUAUGUUUGUAUGGCUGCAUAUCAUAUUAAAUGGUAAUAAUUUA